CAAAUUUUUUAUAUAUAAAACCUGAUCAAUCUCAUACGUGUACAGUACUAAGCCUAUCGUGAACGUUAGAAGACACUGACUGUCAUGGUUUCCAUUGCAAUUUUUCUCACUCCAUUACUAUUUUGGGGUGUUUUGUUAGCAAACGGAUGCCUUCUGUGGGGAAAUGAUCCAUUUUCACAAGAUACAACUUUCAGUAGCUGGAAUAUAAUAGCCGGACCAUGGGGAGAAGACUCCUUGAGUUAUGUUGACGACCCUUGCGGUUCUGUUGAAGAUGUUAUAAGGAUUUUUUACAAGAAUGGGUCUUACUCCAAAACCGCCUUCAGGGGAACAGCUUUCUAUUCCAAAACCCUUUUUCCAGGAAGAAAUUGUGCCAGACUUGGAUUUGAUGUAUACUUUGAACCGGGCUUCGACUUCGUAAGAGGUGGCAAACUCCCAGGCCUUUGGGGUGGUUCUACCUCAUGUUCAGGUGGACAGAAUGCCAUUGAUUGUUUUUCUACUAGAUUCGUUUGGCGCGCUGACGGUGAUGGAGAAGUCUAUGCCUAUAUACCAGAUAACCAAGCAGAUGACUUCUGCACAAGCCCAGACAUUCGUUGCAAUUUCAAUUUUGGGCAUUCAAUCGGAAGAGCAAAAUGGCGUUAUCCCGUGGGACAGUGGUUCCGUAUUGAACAGGAAGUCAAACUUAACGAUGCACCACAACGCAAUGGCUACGUCAAAGUCUGGCUUGACGGAGUACCAAAACAUGAGACAACAGGGUUGCUUUAUAGGAACGGUGAUAACGUGACGAUUGAUGGAAUCGUAUUUUCGACAUUCUUUGGCGGCAGUGAUGAAUCCUGGGCCUCCACUGCGGAUACCUACACCUAUUACAAGAAUUUCCAACUAUCUACUUGUGAGAUUAAUCCUUAAAGAUGCAUUAUGGAAGAGCUAAAUCUGCCUAUUGAAGGUCUUUAUUUUGACUUAAAUGUUAUAUACACUAUUAUUUAGACAUUUAUUCACGCGACAAGCCCAGAUUGUCAAGCAACAUUGCUACGAUAAUAAACAUUCUACGCUACAUCUUCAAACAGUCAUAACUUCGCUCAAAAAAAGUAAUUUGAAUGAAAUUUUCAAUAUAUUCAUUACCCAUUACCCAUUUUUGAACUAGUAUAGCAAGCACGGUUAGUCUUUAUUUAAAACUUACAUAAUGCAUCUUUAAUCGCCCCAUUUUAAUUAGAUUUUUUUUAAAGUUGUGACAAAUUAUACAGAUUAAUGCAUACUAUUCUCCUUAUCCAUUAAGAAAAUGUUCUACAAAAGUCAAUAAAGAUUAACAUACUUAA